GUAGGAAAAUGAACCGCCGUCUUCGCUAACCAAGGUGGAAAGGCGUUGAACCAGGGACGGGGACGAGGACGAAGACGGCGAAACGAUGGCCUGCGCCUGCAGGCUCUCCUUCCUCCGCCUCUCUCCGCCUCUCCCCCCACAGCGUCCCCACCGAAGCGACCUCGUUCUCGCGCCGGCGCCUAGGCGCUCCCUCUCGUUGCCACCAUUCCCUCUCAAGUUAUUGAAGUCAACUUACUUGACCUCCCAAUUCUUCGCACUCGCUUCCCCCGGAGGCCCUGAGCCCUCCUUCCCCGGCGGUGGAAACGACAACUCCGGCGGCGGCGGCGAUUUCGGCGGUUUCGAUGGAUUCUCCGGGUGGUGGAAUCACGACGACAGCGGCGGAGGCGGUGGAGGCGCUCCACUCGGUAGACUUCUCGUUCUCUUUCUCUGCUCCCGUACGCUGACCGGCAGGAGCAGCUUCCUGAACAAAUCGGCGUUGUUCAUCAUCGUUUCGUUUGUGUCUCAUUUCUGCGCAUUUCAAAUACCUGCUUCGGCACUGGCGAGAGCUGCUCUUGAGGAGGAGGAGGAGGAGGAAGAGAAAGGUGUUGUUUGGGAAGUGCAGGGAGGCAAGUGGACCAAGCUUGUCCGUGAUCCUAGCAAAGACGCUUUCGUGGUUGCUUCGCCGGUUGGCUUCGGUUUCGGAGAUGAGAAGUUGUUUACUCCCGGUGUCAUCCCCAGUUUGUGGGUGCAGUGCAGGGGCUUGUUCAUGCGGUUGAUGCUUCCUGAAGGAUUUCCUGACAGCGUUACCAGUGAUUAUUUGGAUUAUUCUCUUUGGAGAGGAGUUCAAGGCGUUGCGAGUCAAAUCAGUGGUGUUCUUGCCACUCAGGCCUUGCUUUAUGCUGUUGGUUUAGGAAAAGGAGCUAUUCCUACAGCUGCUGCUGUGAAUUGGGUGCUGAAGGAUGGGAUUGGAUAUAUCAGCAAGAUUUUCCUCUCGAAAUUUGGACGGCAUUUUGAUGUCCAUCCAAAGGGGUGGAGGCUUUUUGCUGAUUUGUUGGAAAAUGCUGCCUUCGGGAUGGAAAUGUUGACUCCUGCCUUCCCACAUCUUUUUGUUUUCAUUGGUGCUGUUGCAGGAGCAGGACGCUCAGCAGCUGCUCUCAUUCAGGCAGCCACCAGGAGCUGCUUUUAUGCUGGUUUUGCUGCUCAGAGGAACUUUGCUGAGGUCAUUGCCAAGGGUGAGGCACAAGGAAUGGUGAGCAAGUCUAUUGGUAUCAUACUUGGUAUAGCAUUGGCGAGUACUAUAGGCUCCUCUAUACCACUUGUGCUUGCUUCUUUUACUGUGGUGACCUGGGUCCACAUGUUCUGCAAUCUUAAGUCAUACCAAUCGAUUCAUCUGAGGACUUUAAAUCCUUAUCGUGGAAGUUUGGUUUUCAGUGAGUACCUAUUGAGUGGUCAAGCACCUUCAGUUAAGGAGGUCAAUGAUGAAGAACCACUAUUCCCAGCUCUGCCCUUUCUUGAUGGAACAUUGAAAAAGGCACAAUCCAGUGCACUAUCUCAGGGGAGCGAAGGAAGCAGCCGCUCAAAUAGAGCGGCGACUGCAGCUAGGUUCCAAGCUUAGCGAUGUUAUCAACCAAAAGGAGGAUGUUGUGGCACUGUUUGAUUUAUUCAGAAAUGAAGGCUACAUUCUGACAGAAUACCUUGGCAAAUUUUGUGUUGUGCUGAAAGAGAACUCUUCACCACAAGACAUGCUUAAGUCAUUGUUCCAUGUCAAUUAUCUGUACUGGUUGGAGAGAAACGCCGGAAUUAUGGCCACAGGUGUCACUCGUGACUGUGGAGCCAGUGGAAGGCUACGUGUAUCAUUGGAGUAUGUGCAGAGGGAAUUUAAGCAUGUCAAAGAUGAUGCAGAGACAGUGGGCUGGAUAAGUGAUGGACUCAUUGCAAGGCCUUUACCUACUAGGAUUCAUCCAGGUCACAUGCCAUCUUGGGGUGCAGUGUGAUCUAAAUAUGCUGAUUUGGCCUGAGCUCAUCCCUUGCAUGGCUUUUGGUGAUGCCUUGAGUUGGUCAGAGAAAAGAUCUUCACAUGGUCCAGGAAACUUUUGGCAUGGUUUACUUCUUUAAUUGUCAUUAGUCACUGCGCAGGUGACUUGUACAGAUUUUGGCAAAUUCAACGGAAUGUGACUGCAGUUACCCAGCAUGACUAGGAGAGUAGGCUCAUGAGGUACUUCUUCGGACCAGUCAUUUGGGUGCGAUAAUAUACUGCUAUAUUGGUGGGCAGGAGCUAAAGAUUAACGAGGUGAAAGCUUUGGGGAAUCAGAAGCUUCCAAUCAAGUUGUCGAGUCACUGCCAUGUCCUCCAGGAGUUUCGUGUGGUGCCUGUCUUCAGCAAUGCAUGUCCACUGAUUGUCUUAUCAACACGGUGCAUCGGCUGAAAGCAUUUGUUUUUUAACUUCUAUUUCUGCUUCCCGUGAAGUACUUUCUGCAGGAGGUAUUGCCCCUCGUGUGACUGUAGUAGAAAGAAUCGUAAGUGUUUAUGUUCCUAUUCCUAGCGAACCAAAUCUUCAGCGAGCUGGAAAAGCCUUCCUUGGCAUCUUAU